AUGUCAUCAACUCUCCACCUCCGCAACCUCAACCCCCGAACCCUCAUCCGCACAGCCCAAACUACUACUACACCUUCUCUCCAUCGCCCAUUCCACCAAACCGUCCCUCGUCUCGUGCCCGCCGUCAAGCAAGAGGCCGACAAGCCGCCACCAGAGGAGACGCAAAAGAAGUCCAAAAAGGGCGGCGCGCCUCAGCCCAAGAUUUCGAAUCUCAGCAUGCCCGGCGUCAACAAGUCGGAGGAGCUCACCAAGGAGCAGAAGGAGGAAGUCCGGAAGCACAACGAAGACUUUGAGAAGAAGUUUGACCACGGUCAAACAGCCCCGCAAGACAAGAUAGAUGAGAAGUUUUGGGAAGGCGGCCAGGGUCUACAGCAGGGCCGCAAGGGCAUCAUUUCACGUGUCACGAUAUGA